GCGCAUGUCGUCUAAGGCCGUUCCACAUACCAAAAAUUCUUGACAUACCAUUGUCGUUGCGAUAGUGCUAUUGUGAGAAACGCUUAAAUGUCAAAUAAACAAAGUGUGUGAUGUGUUUGUGUGUGGUUUUAACAAAAAUAUUUGAGUGAGCACAACGAGAGAGAAAAGAAAAAAAAAACCAUCAAACACACGGUGUGUGUGAUUAUACCGACCAUCGGACAGCAGCAACAGCAACAGCUAAACAUCAAACAGCACAAAAUAAUCAGACAGAAAAAAGUAGUCAACCAGUGAGAAGACAGAAGAAACAGCGAACACAGAAUUUGAAUUGAAAGAGAAAAAAAUCACAGUUUUUCAUCCGGAAUUAUUGCCUCAACAUCCAACGUUUAAUUGCAAUGGAAUCGGCACUCGAAGUAUUGUCACGAGCAGCGACUAUGGUUAACACCAAUAGCGAUAAUCGGAUAACAAUCAAUAAGGAGUUGCCGACAACGAAAUGGAGACGUGAUCGUCGAAUUCGACUGUCAUCGGAGUAUCAUCACAGUAAUCACAAUCAUGAGCCGAUUGUGGGAACGGUGAAACCGUUAGGUGAAUCGAAUAGUUUAAGUGAUAAUAGCAUGGAAAUACCAUUGGAUAUGUCUGUUGGAUCAUCGAAACCGCCGCCCCCUCCAUAUCGUGAUCCGUUGCCCGGUUCAACAUUUUGUACGACAAUGUCCCGGCCGAGUGUAAUCACACAGGCACCCAAACGUGAAGUUAUUUCCAAUCAAGAAAAUAAACAAAGCCCGAAAAAGCCAAUUGCUUUGUGCGAUGACACCCCUGUGACUGACUCCAUAUCAAUGGUCGAUCCGGUAAUUGAUGAACACUUCCGACGAUCGUUGGGCGCCGAUUAUAUGAAUCUCUUUGGAAAGCGAUUAGAUCAAUUAAAAACAACGUCUUCAGCAACAGCCACAAUAAGAAAAUCACCUCAAGUAUCGCCAGUUCAAUCAGUUCAACAAAGUGAUAGUAUGCGUAUAAAAGAGAGAGAUGAAAGUAGCUCAUCAAACCGUGAUAGUGUUAAGGAAACAGUUGAAAAUAUCGAAAUGUCGGUGGAUGAUCAUUUUGCCAAGGCAUUAGGCGACACCUGGAAGCAAUUGCAACAAAAUAAUAAAUCAACAACGCCUUCAACUGAAUUGAAUGAUGAAAGUGAUGUAAACAGUGAUCCAGAUAACGAUUUCAAUGCAAAAGACGAUGGCAACGAUGAUGAUGACGACGACGACGUCAGACGAUCAUCAAAAAAACCAGACGGUAUAAAUGACGACAGCUCCGAAUCGCAAAGUCACCGAUAAAAAAAAGACAAAAAUGAAAUUGCGAUAAAAAAAAUAACAACAAACAAAUAACAACGUAUAUUUUCUACGAAUAGAACUAUUUUGAUUUUAAAUAAGUGUUAUUUUUUUCAUCAAAUGGCAAUAAUUUCUACUUUUCUUUGGGAAAAACAUAUGAGAAUGAUCAUAAAUUUGUUGUAUAUUUAUAUAUAUUGUAAAAAGAAGCGAAGAGAUUUUAAGAUAAAAAAAAGAGAUAGAGAUUAACCAGAGCAUGGGGGAAAAAAACCUUGGUGCUUGCAUCAAAUUUAAAUGAUGUAUUUCUCCUGUUAAUGGACGUCGAUCGUAAAUACUCUUCGUUCAAACAAGAAUAUAUUUUUUUUUUCGUCUUUGCAACAUGCAUAUAAUUCCAACAACUUUUUUAUUAGUAAUAUUUACUUAAACUGCAAUUCAAAUCUCUACGUUUUAAAAUUAGGAUUAGAAAAACGGAAUUAAUUUCGAGACAAAAAGAAAACCUGACAAAAGAAAAUGUGUCAAAAAUAAACCUUUGUUCAUUAAGCUAAUAAUAUCAGAGAGCCAUGGAAAUGACUCGCUCUAUUUUAUUUCGUUUCGUGCAAACAUUUAAUUCAAAUGAUAAGAAUUAUUUAGUGCGAUUGAGAUACAAAAUGUAACAAUGAAAUGUUUUUAUUUUAUUAUUAUUAUUUUUUUUUAAUUUCAAUUUUGUAUAUUUCGAAAAAAUGUAAGAAAAAUUUUAGAAAAAAAAUC